AUGGAGGAGGAGGUGCCACCUGAGGAGUUCAAUGUUCUUUGGAGCUUUGCUGGUCGCUGCAGUGAAGAGCUUAGUAUCAGAAGAGGAGAUCAAGUGAAUGUCCAUGCCAAAAUUUCCCCAGAGUGGUGGUGGGCUGAGCUGCGAGGGGUCUUUGGUUACGUCCCUGCUAGCUACCUCCAUAAGGGAUCUACUGAAGAUGGGGAGGAAGAAGAGGACAUGUGGCAAAAUGAGGAGUACUAUGAUAUAUACGGAACACUGAAUCUUCACUUGGAGAUGUUGUCAGACAAGAGCCGCACGGAGGCGUACAGGCAGGUCAUCGUCAACAACAGCGCUUCUCUUCACAGGAAGGUGGUGAUGGACCUUGGUUGCGGAACGGGCAUCGUGAGUCUGUUCUGUGCUCAGCUAGCAAAACCGACAGCGGUGUACGCCGUGGAAGCGAGCUCAAUGGUGGAACACACCAGAGAGCUGGUGAAACAAAACGCUUGCGAGGAAGUGAUCACUGUGCUGCAGGGCCGUGCUGAGGAAAUCCAACUGCCCGAGCAGGUGGACGUCCUGGUGUCCGAGUGGAUGGGCAAUUGCUUGGUGUUUGAGUUCAUGGUGGAGUCGGUCUUGCUUGCCAGAGACCGCUGGCUAAGGGAAGGUGGCACGAUGUGGCCUUCUUCUGCAGCUCUCACUUUGGUGCCGUGUCAAGCCCAUAGAUACUACGCAGAGAAAAUGGCAUUCUGGGAGAAGCCUUAUGGCUUGGACUUCACCCCGCUACAGCCACUUGCUCUACAGGAGUUCUUCGCCAAGCCAAAGUUUAGCCACUUGAUGGAGCCAGGCGACGCCCUCGCCUCUCCCACCGACGUAAUCUGCUUGGACAUGCAUACGCUGCAGGUGGCAGACCUGGAGGAAAUGCAAGGCGGGUUUCAGUUCAGCCUGGAAAAGUCCGGCAUUUUCCACGGCUUCACUGCUUGGUUCAGCGUUUCCUUCAAAAGCCUGGAGGAGGGCGGCGCAGCAGUGGAAUUGAACACUGGACCUGAGUCUGAGCCAACCCACUGGAAGCAGACCCUGUUCAUGCUGGAUGUGCCCAUCAGUGUGCACGCUGGCGACGCAAUCAGUGGAACCAUUAUUCUGCGAAGGAACCCCAUCUGGAGGCGCCACUUGACCGUCACCCUAAACUGGGAGAUCAGUGGAUACACACAAGUAAGGCAAAUGAAGACAAAGAGCUUUCCUAUGUGGCGCUAA